AUUUAGAUUGCUUCUACAUAUUUAUUGAUUUUUCAAAUUGUUAUCAUCUAGUAGUUGGGACGAGUUUCAAUCAGAAGAAUUAAAUGUAUAACUGUGAAAAUUUACUUUACUCCUGUAUUUUAAUCUAAUCUAUACUAUAAUUAAAUUAAGAAUAUUAAAUAAUGUAUAAAAAUUUGAAUAAUUGGCUAAUUGAAGAACUUUUACCACCUGAACCUGAUCCAAGACUUUCAGAAUAUGCUUUAAUGUCUAGUUGGACACCAUCUGUAUUACUUUCAAUUGUAUAUUCAUUGGGUGCUUAUAUCUGGAGGUUAGAAUUAAUUCGAAGACAAAAGAAGACAAAUAGCAAGAAAAUGAAUUCAAUGAGAAAUAAUACUUUUAAUCACCAAAUCAUUACCUAUACUAUGAUAUUAUAUAACAUUAUUAUGGUAUUAUUCUCUACAUACUUGUCAAUUUCUACGUUAUAUUUAAUCUAUCAACUUGACUAUGGACUAGGUUGUAUUGAAUUACCAGAUCCAACAGAUAAACGUACUGAUGGUUUAGUUUAUUAUGGAUAUCUAUAUUUUAUUUCAAAAUUUAUUGAAAUGAUGGAUACAGUUUUCUUCUUAUGUCGUGGUAAAGUGGAUCAAGUCACCUUCUUACAUGUUUUUCAUCAUGCUUCAAUGCCUCCAUCAGUAUGGUGGGGAUUAAAAUAUGCUCCUGGGGGUCUGUUAUACAUGUUUCCAUUGGUCAAUAGUUUUGUUCACAUUCUAAUGUAUACUUAUUAUGGAUUAGCUGCAGCUGGUUUAUAUCAUCUAUUAUGGUGGAAGAAUUAUUUAACUCUUAUUCAAAUGAUUCAAUUUCUUUGGUUCAUUCUACAUCAAGGACAAUUUCUACUCCCUUCAAAUUUAUGUCAUUUCCCUAAAGUAUUUCCAGCAGCUGUAGUUAUUUAUGCCUCAUUAUUCUUCAUAUUAUUUUUAAAUUUCUAUACGAAAGCUUAUUGGAAGAAAGAACGUUUAGCAAAAUCAUUGAAUAUUGAACAAACUUCUACUACUACUACUACUACUACUACUACUACUACUGAUAUAAAGAAUAUGAAUAAAUCUUAUAAAGUAUAUGAAAGGGAUUAUGAUAAUUUAAUAGGGAAUUUAUCUUUAAUGAAGAAGAUCAAUUGAAGAGUGAAUUGUCUAUGGAAAUGUAUCAUUGAAUUGACUGUUGAAUAUAUUCAGUAAAUUACUCUGUUUCUUCAUCUUUACUUUCAAGAUAACACAAUAUCUGUUUGUGAAUUUGUUAAUUAUUUUCUUAGUAUGAAUAAAUUGUUAUUGGUUGAUUCAUUCAAUUGUCAAAUGUAAUACACAAUUACUUGUGUUAAUUAACUAACCUUUUCUCA